GGCUGGUCUGCCCAAGAGAAGUGGACUCUGGAACGUCUCAAACGCAAGUAUAGGAACCAGAAGUUCAAAUGCGGUGAGGACAAUGACGGUUAUUCUGUGAAGAUGAAGAUGAAAUACUACAUAGAGUACAUGGAGACCACACGUGAUGACAGCCCACUGUACAUCUUUGACAGCAGUUAUGGAGAGCAUCCCAAGCGUAGGAAACUCCUGGAGGACUACAAAGUACCCAAAUUCUUCACUGAUGAUCUCUUUCAGUAUGCAGGAGAGAAACGAAGGCCGCCUUACAGAUGGUUUGUGAUGGGCCCACCUCGUUCUGGAACAGGAAUCCACAUUGAUCCCUUGGGAACUAGUGCUUGGAAUGCCUUAGUCCAGGGACAUAAGCGUUGGUGCCUGUUCCCCACCAGCACUCCCAGAGAGCUGAUCAAAGUGACCCGAGAAGAGGGAGGGAACCAACAGGAUGAGGCUAUCACUUGGUUCAAUGUCAUAUAUCCUAGGACACAGCUACCCACCUGGCCCCCUGAAUUCAAACCCCUGGAAAUCUUGCAGAAACCAGGCGAGACAGUCUUUGUGCCAGGUGGCUGGUGGCAUGUAGUUCUCAAUCUUGACACAACCAUUGCCAUCACACAAAACUUUGCCAGCUGUACCAACUUCCCGGUGGUGUGGCACAAGACAGUAAGAGGGAGGCCCAAAUUAUCACGGAAAUGGUACAGGAUCCUGAAGCAGGAACAUCCUGACCUGGCAGCGUUGGCUGAUUCAGUUGACCUACAGGAGUCUACUGGUAUUGCUUCUGAUAGUUCUAGUGAUUCUUCCAGUUCUUCAAGUUCCAGCUCCUCAGACUCUGAUUCAGAGUGUGACUCUGGCUCUGAGACAGAGGGAAUGAUGCACCGGAGGAAAAAGAGGCGAACAUGUAGCAUGAUGGGUAACGGUGAUACAACUUCCCAAGACGACUGUGUCAGCAAAGAGCGCAGCUCCUCCAGGAGGAAGAUCCGGACUCAGAAACCGAGAAGCUGGUGGUGAAAGAGCCGGAGGAUGAGGAUGAACUGAAGACUAUAUGAAGUUGUCCCUAGCCUCCUCCUAAAAGCAUCCCUUGGCAUCUUUAAAGGCUUGAGAGAAAUACCAAAACCAACCAAACACACCCAUAAGAGAAAUCCAUAAACCCUCAAAACUUGGGACCCCCUCUUGGUCUGAAGUUGAGUUCUUCAAAACUCCUGUGGUAUCAAGUUUGAGGAGAUCCUGUUGUGUGCCUCCAUGAACUGGGGCUGGGCCCAAGCAAUGACUUGAGUUGUGUUUGGGGGGGGGGGCCCCCUCUGGGAUGUCCUAGCAGACAAACCUUCCCCCCCUCCCCCAAACAGAACCCAAACCGGACACCAAACGUGCAGCAAGUCUGUCAGUUGUAUUCAUCACCGUGUGUAGCCCUGCUGUGAAAUCUGUAUUUCUUUAGUGGGGUGGGUGAAUUGUAGCUGUUCUCCCAGACUUGCCUGGAUCUUAUACAAGACCAUCAAGCCAUUACUUCCCAGGGCCAAAUUCCUCUUUAUUGUUGGGGAUGGGUGGGAACUGCGUAUGAUUUCAAACAUUGUAUAGCACCGUUGUAUUCUGAGGGGUGGAGGGACAAAGUGGGAUCAAAGUGAGGGGUGGCAGAUGGUAGCUGGAAUGACUCUAAUCUUGCUUCUGUAGUUAUAUUAGCGGAAAGCUGAUCCGUUAGGUAGAGGGAAGACUUGAGAAGUGACGAGGAUUGAUAGCUUAACUAUUCUGCUUGUGGUGGAGGUUUAGGAGACCACACUUUGGCCACUGUUCAUAUCUGGAUUCAUACUUUUCCCUACUCUGGUUCCCAAUGGGAGAGACCUGAGGAGGUAGCAACAGUAUCAUAGGUUCCCUCUGUCUCAGGAUGAGAUUAUGGGGGUCCUGGAAAAGAAACCCUACCCCUUCCUCUGCCACUUGCUGUUCCAGUGCCCUCUUCUUUUGCUAGCCCCGUGGUUUGUCCACUGAAGCCAGAGCUCAGCAUGUCUCCUCAGCUCUGUCAUAUUUAGGAGAUAAAUUUGGCUGGGUGCAUAUACCUGCUUCAGAGAGAGGUUUCAAAUCAGACCAGCUGGUUUGCAAGAUGUAUCCCCAUCGCAAGGGGGCUCGAGUCCUCCAGUGACGUUGUAGAAACACCAGGGCUGCAUGGGGAUGUGUCCUUCAGAGCUUUUUUUUCUCCUUGCAGGACAACUGCCUUUUGGCUAAAGCUUCAAACAUAUCAGAAACCCAACAGGCUACUUUUUUUUUCCUUUUUAAUUCCUAUGCAGGCAAUACUUGAAACCUUGUACUCGUCCUUUUCAGCACCUGGGGUUGGCAAACUCUUAAUAAAAGGGCUCAUUUAAAGAACAGCAGGAGGCUUCAGCUUUAGAAGAGGCUGGGCUACCCCUUCCCAGCCAACAACCGCUAGCAUAUUUAGUUGUUUGCAUAUGAAUUUAAACACAUCAGGACUCUCUACUUCAACUUCCCCACCAGUACAGCCGCUCAGUCUCCCCUUGGCGCUGGCUGGCUGACUCUGUCCCAAGCACCCAACUAUGCAAAGAAUGCCUUAUAUACAUUGUGUUUAAGUUACAUGGCAAUAUGUACAUCGAGCAAAGUCUAUAGCUGAGUCCAGAUUUUUGCUAGUGGCAGCAAGUCAAACUAUUUCUUCAACUCAAAUGGCUGUCUGGGUAUUUUUUACUUUUGUUUGUUUUGUUUGUUUGUUUUGUAUCUGAUGGUGGCUCUUAUACAAAGGACUGUAAUUCUAGUGGCUUGAAUCUGUAAAAAUUGCCUUUGUUUGGUCCAAUAAACCUUUGAAUAGUUUA